AACCAAGUAGUUGUAUGAAGUAGAUAAUGAAGAACUUUAAAGCACACAUGCACAAGUUUCAAAUCUUCCAUAAAUGCUUAAAAUUUUUCGAUUAGAUACUGUAUCAGAAUUAUAGAUGUACAAAACUCAAAUAAUCAUAAUUCAGUCGGAUUCAAAUUGGAUAAUCAUUCUUAAGCGAUCUCAAAUAUGAAUUGGAGUCACAAACUAAACCUGAAUUAAGAUAUAAGUGUAAAGUAUUUAUAAUAAUUAUAAAUUUGAAGUAGAAAUCCAUGAUAAGUAUUAUUUUAUAAGAAUAAGGUAGCAUAGAAUAAGAGUGUAAAUGCAAAGCUUAAGCACAUACGUGUCGGGGGUGUGGAAGGUUCCCGAGAGUCGAUGGGCUGCUGCUGCUCUCUAGUAGCUUUAGCAGGUGCACGUGUCCCCUCAUGUAUGAUCAUCAAUCAAUUCCAUGGAGAUCUGAGACCUCAUCUCCCACUUAAAUCCAUGGAGAAUCAUUAUUCGGUCAUGAACCGACUCAUGCUCAGAUUCCGGCCUAUUGCGCCCAAGCCUGCCGGCGGAGAUCCGGACGAGCACGACGGGAGAACCAAAUACGAGCGGAGGACUAAGCGGAAGUACGUUAGGGUUCGCGGCCGCCAACCUACGAAGAUGAAACUUCCGGAUCCGGAAAGGCGAUCUUCGCCGCCGGGGAGAUCAGGAGUCGACGACGGUUCGCCGCCUGUGAGAUCGGCGGUGACUCUUCAGCUGCUGCCGGAGAGAUCCGAGAGCGAGAAGAGCACCGCCGCGAAAUUUCGAGAUACGGUAGAUCCGGAACAAUAUCGAAUCGGCGAUGAAGUUAGCUUCAAAAGCAACGUCGCCGGCGUAACAACGGCGGGGACGUGGAUAGUGGUGGAACGCGUGACGGAUACGUGCGUAGAUGGCGGAGUAGGGUUAGGAUACUCGGACGAGGAGAUCCUGAUGAAUCUGCAGGCCGACACGUGUCCGGGAUUCGUAUCGGACGGCGCGAACAACGUGGUUUGGGUGAACGACGCCUGCAGAAGGAUGGCGGCGGCGGAGAACGGGGCGUUGGUGGUGAGGUUGAUGGUGAGAGAGAAAUUGCCCUAUUUUACCCCCUCGUUUGCAUGCAGAGUGAGGAUGGUACAGCAGACGAAGCAGGGGCAAAAAUGGAAUAAAAUAGUAGCGUGCGAUGUGUGGAGGAUGGAAUUUGCUGCUGGUUUUGCAUGGAAGUUAGACGUCGAAACUGCUCUCGGUUUAGGAGUUUAGUGAGAGAAAAUAGGCACCAAGGCUUCUCUCUCUACAAUAUCAGGUGAUGAAGAAUUUUGUUUAUUUUAUGUAUAUAUCCAUCUAUCAAUCUAUUAAUUCCGGUUUAAAUAA